AGGCCGCUGCUGAGUGAGCAGGCCUGGUGUUCAUUCUGCGCUGAAUGAGGGACCAUGUGCUAUAAAAACACUGGACAAGAGCUUGGCCACCAUUAUACUGAAUUUGUUUACCUCAGUGCAACGUGUGGUGAUCGGAAGCAAUCAUGAACCCACAGCAGGAGUUGGAGCAAAGGGGGAAGUUUAGGAUGACUGUUUUCGAGGAGGAGUACUUCCAGGGCAAGAGCUGUGAGUUCACGUUUGAAUGUCAGAAUAUUCUGGAGAGAAACUUCCAGAAGAUUCGCUCCAUUAAAGUGGAAAAUGGACCCUGGGUGGGGUAUGAAUAUCCUGAGUUCCAGGGCCAGCAGUUUAUUCUGGAGAAAGGCGACUAUCCCUGUUACCAGGCCUGGAGUGGGAAUAGCAGUUACAGAACGGAACAUAUGCUUUCUUUCAGACCAAUUAAAUGUGCAAACCACAGUGACAGUAAGAUAACCCUUUAUGAAUGUGAAGACUUCAUGGGACGUAAAUUUGAGAUGUGUGAUGACUAUCCUUCACUCCAAGCCAUGGGCUGGUGUAACAAAGAAGUUCCCUCAGUCAAAGUCAACUCUGGAGCCUGGGUUGGCUAUCAGUUUCCCGGUUACCGUGGAUAUCAGUACAUCUUUGAGAGAGACAGACGGCAAGGAGAGUACAGAUGCUACAAUGAGUACGGCACCCAGGCACACACCAAUCAGAUCCAGUCUAUGCGCAGAAUUCAGCAAUAAGACAAGUCUCCUUUAUGUACCCUUCAUGUCAUGACGUGU